UUUCGCUAACGGUACGUUUUUAAUCUUUGGACAUGUUUCGGUUUUGAGGAAGUUUGUGUUACAUUCUGCAGGUUAUGUUCAUCACAGUCAAACACCUGGGUUAUUUCCAGUGAGCUUUCAAGGUUUCGAACUGCGAAAGACAUAUAGAACUGCAGCCAUGGACAAGAAGUCACCUGUAUGGAUGAAAAAAGAGGAAACAGAUGAAGUACCAGCUGAGUCAGGCUCCAUGUUUGUUGAAGAUCUAUUGGAACUAUCUUGGUCCACUGAUUUUGUCAAGGAAGAUCCUGAAGUAAAUGUUGAAGUGAAUGUAACUGAGAAUAUUGUGGCAACCUCGAAAAGAUGCACAUCUGAUAGUGCGAGACUGAUUCAAAGUGCUAGUGGGAGCUGCAGCAUUUCAUGUGAAGAAACUUAUCACCAUGGACUGGUCAAGGAUGAAUCGGAGGUGAUGACUGCAAGAAGAAGAGGAAAUUUUUAAGGGAUGGUUAUCAUAGGUUCAAUAAGAAAAGCUAAUUAGGAACGGGCUCUGCUGCCUCAAAAAAUUAAAAAACAAAGACAUGAACAGCUAUCAUUCCUUGACAGUAUUCCACAACACAGAUCUGGAGGAACAAAUAUUACAUUGACAUCUUCACAGACAACAAUACAAGAAAGCCGAGAAAACAGUGGAGGUCAAACUCAUCAACUGGACCUUUCGGCAUCACAGGAAGAAGAUAAGGCAGAAACACCUACAAUAGAAAAUAGUGGUGAAACAUCUGUGGUAACAAAUGAUGAAUGUUAUGUGCCAGCACAGAAAAGAAAAUGUAGUAAAGUUCGUAGUAAUGGUGAUACAGUAUUAAAUAUGUGGAAAGAAAGGGACGAAAUUAGGCAAAAUUUACUAAAAACGUUUAUGGACACAAAGAUGAUGAUUUUUCCAUCACGUCAGCACAGUUGUAAGGAGUUUACCUCCAGUUUAUAAGGCAGAAGCCAAAAAAAAA